GCCCCCCAUGGAGCCCAACGUUUAUGUUGCUAACUGAGAUGUUUGUUGAGUGAGUUUUGCCCCAUUUUCCAGCCUUUCUUGCCGCAGUUGUUACGUGAGUCACUACAGCGGUUAAGUUAGUUACCCGGUUGUUAAGUGAAUCUGGCUUCCCCUUGUCAAAAGGUCGCAGAAGGGGAUCACGUGAUACCCCCCUCCCUCCGGGGACACUGCAUCGGUCAUAAAUACGAGUCAGUUGGCAAGCGUCCGAAUUUUCAUCACGUGACCAUGGGAAUGCUGCAGCGGUCGUAAGAGUGAAAAACAGUCCUAACCUAAGUCACUUUGUUCACUGAUGGUGUAACUUUGACACAAUCACUGAACAAACUGUUGUAAGUCAAGAACUGUUAUUCUAUGGUAUGCAGUACAGUACAAUAUAAAUUGUAAUAUUCAAUUUAAUACAAUACAAUACACACUGUAUUGUACACUAUACUAAAUACUCCAGUAUUAUGUUUAUCGCACAGUCAGCCAGAUAUUCACACUGGAUUUGGUAUUUUUGUUAUACCGCUAUAUAUCAUAAUCUCAUUUUAUAUAUCGUAUUACAUUUUAAUUUUAUAUCACUGGAUGUUGACCUUGUAACCCCAAGUUUUUCCAUUUGGACAUCCCAAGGAGCCUUUGGAACCAGAAGAAGAGAAGAACUCAGGAUGGGCGAAGUGGAGAUCUCGCCUCGGGCGUACGUCAAGAUGUGCCUCCAUGCGGCUCGGUACCCCCAUGUGGCGGUGAACGGACUUCUCCUGGCACAAAAGCACCGGCCGACAGCUGGCCCUCCCGAAUGCCUCUACAUCACGGACUGCGUCCCCCUUUUCCACAGCAACCUGUCGCUCACCGUCAUGCUGGAGGUGGCCCUCAACCAGGUGGAUUCUUGGAGCUCGGAGUCCGAUUUGCUCCUGGCUGGCUACUACCAGGCCAACUCUGGGAUGGAUGACAAAAGCCCUAACGCCCUGGCGCAAAAGACCGCAGGGCGCAUUGCUGAACUCUACGAUGACGCCGUGCUGAUCAUGUUGGAUAAUCGCAAGUUCGGGAUAAACCCGCGGCUUCCUCCCCUAACCGUCUUGGAGCAGAAGGAUCGUCAAUGGCUCCCGAAAGACAAGAACCUGGUCAUGUGGACCGACUGGGAAUCCUCCCGCCACAUUUGCCAGUCGCUCCUGGAGGCCAAAGUGUACUCCCGAUUGGUCGACUUCGACAGCCACCUGGACGACAUCCGGCAAGACUGGACCAAUCAGCAGCUGAACGCGGAAAUCGCCCAAUUGGUCUCCGUAGCCAACGGCAGCGCCUGAAGGAGGUGGAGCCCAAUUUUGCAAAAGGAUCUUCGCUCUUGGUUCCCCCUCCGGCGUUAACGUUAGGAGCAUCCGGGAUGCUAGACUAACCCGGAUACAAGCCAGGAUCACGUGACCGAGGCCCCGCCCCUUUUAACAGCAAGGCAGCCAUCUUGAUUAUCUAUCUCUUCCCGCCACAAGAUCUUUAAAAGAAAGGAUGAAUUUGCUUUGAAAUUUGGUGUUUUAAAAAAAAUAUUAUUCCAUUUUUGCAAAGCAAUUGCCUCAGCAAAAUUCUUGUGUAAAAAAAGAAUUAUGCCCCUCCCCGUUUUAUCAGGUAGUCCUCGAUUUAUGACCACAAUCGAGCCCAAAAUCUCUAUUAAGUGCGACAUUUCUUGAGUUUUGCCCCAUUUUACAACUUGUGAAGCCCAUCACUGCGGUUGAGGAGUUAGUAACCCGGUUGUUAAGUGAAUCUGGCUUCCCUCCCUUGACUUUGCUUGUCAGAAGGUCGCGACCCCGAGACACAGCGACGGUCAUAAAUACGAACCAGUGGCCAAGCAUCUGAAUUUCGAUCACAUGAUCACGGGGAUCGUGCAACCGUUCGAAGUGUGAAAAAGUCAUCAAUUACUUUUUCCCCCCAGUGCCGUGGUAACUCGGUCACUAAACGAACAGUUGUAAGUCGAGAACCGCCUGCGAUUUCGGAAGGAUUGAUUUCACCUGCCGCCGUUAAGAUUUUAUAUUUUGUAAAAACACAUCGGGAUUCCAGAGAGAGAACCCCCCACCCGACUGCGUUUCUUAGUUUAAGGACCCGAAUUAAACGUUCCUCUCGGCAUGUUUUAAAA